AUGGUCAAUGAACAGCCUGUUAUCAGUACAACUCUUAAACCAAAGGACAAUCCACAGGCUCCAGCUGUCCAUUUGGCCUUUGGGCUAGAUUUCAACAUGUCUUGCGUGUUAUAUUACAAUACCAAUGGAACAAAAAUAGACAGUUGUGAACAAUACAUUACCCAAACGAAAAAGACUGAUGAUGUCAAUUUUCCUUUCAUUGGCUCAUUCUCACCAAAUGGUAGCAUAAAUUUGUCCAAACACGAUGAUGAUGAAAAAGGGCUACCAAGAUAUAUUUUUAUUUACAUGAGUAUCAUAGACCCGGCUAAUAUUGUCCUGAACGAUACCUCCCAGACAGCUACAGUUAGAAUGACUGUAUAUGAUUCAGAAAAUGAACAGGACGAUGCUCAAAGUAGAGAAUCUCCCGAUGCAUUCACUGAAAAUUAUUAUCAAAAAAUCAAUAGAUAUACAGGCUGGGAUUCUCAAGAAAGAUCAGAAAAACACAGAUUCAAACGGCUUUCACUUAUAUUGGAUUCUCGUCAUCCUACAAUCUACAAUCUUACAUUGAAUCAAAUAUACGCUAUUCCUAUAAACUCUCCCAGUAUGUAUUAUGUGACUGUAAGAAUCGGCCCACAGAACUUCUACGAAACUGUAGAACAAGAACAGAGAACCACUACUGUGAGCAAUAAUAACAAUAAUAUUUCUGAGAUUAUGAACAUACUGGGAACUAUUGCUGCCUAUUACAGGGUUGAUUCAAUGAAACCCUGGGGUAUUAUACAUAAUGGAUGUUGCGGCAUCAGAAAAUUCAAAAAGCAUACCGUAAUAAAACUAGAAGAGUUUGUGAAUGUUCCUAGCACAAAUGCUAAUUUAGAAAUAAUCUCACAAGCAGUCAGGGAUUUGGAAGGAUUUAGGCAUUUCCUUGAAAGUAAUGUAAUUGACACUUCCUUGUUAGAAGCCCUUAGAAGUCAGCAACAACAGCAAAGUCAAGAGCAACAACAGCAACGGGUAGAAAUUGAAACCCAACAAAAUGACAAGUCAUAA